CUUACAAGAGCUUCAUGUACCAUUCGGUUAAGGAUUACAAUACUUGGCUGUUGAGUUAAUGUUUGAUAUGCUACCAGAUAUAGACAAUAAAUUGUCCUUAUUUUAGUCUCUUUAACUCAGAGGCUCUCUGAGGCACAUCUCUCCUGCUAGAUCACCUGACCUAUCUGCAUUUCCUCCCCCAUCUGCUCUUGUUCUCGUUCUUACACCGGACCCGCAUCUGGAUCAGCCAUCUGCUCUGAUCUACCCGCCAGUCUUCUGGAGAGGUUUUUGACUCUGGCUCAUUUGUUAAUUUUUCAGAGAGCAUCAUGUAUAAAUGCUUGAAGUGGUUGUGGUACCACAGAAAUUACUUCAUCAUCAUCAUCACUCCGCUCAUCUUCCUUCCCCUGCCAAUACUUUUUUCUACACCGGAAGCAAAAUGUGGCUACGCAAUCAUCAUCAUGGCUCUGUACUGGUGCACGGAGUGUAUGCCUCUGGCUGUGACUGGCCUGCUUCCAGUUGUGCUUUUUCCAAUGAUGGGCAUCAUGAAGGCUGAACAUGUGAGCAUUGAGUAUCUAAAAGACUCAAACAUGCUCUUCGUUGGUGGCCUCUUGGUUGCCAUUGCAGUGGAGCACUGGAAUCUUCAUAAACGCAUCGCACUCCGAGUUCUGCUGCUGGUUGGUGUUCGCCCAUCUCUCUUAAUGAUCGGCUUCAUGACCGUCUCAGCCUUCCUGUCCAUGUGGAUCAGCAACACGGCCACAACUGCCAUGAUGCUGCCCAUCUCUCAAGCUGUACUCAUGCAGCUGAAAGCAACCGAAAUGCGAGCAGAUGAACAAGACUUUCCGGCUGCAGCCGAAGACAACCCUGGAUUUGAGCUUGAAGUUAUACAAACAAAGGUGGAUAUGACAGAUGAAAAAAAGACAGACAUAAAUCCUCCACUGGAGAAUGGAAAUUAUAAGCAUGAGUGGAAUUUGGAGUCUCUCAGAGAAUCGAGGAUGAAAGCAAUGGAGGCAAAAUACAACCUUCUGACCAAAGGGAUGAGCCUGAGUGUGUGUUACUCUGCCAGUAUCGGAGGCACUGCUACACUCACCGGCACAACCCCUAACAUCAUCCUCAAGGGUCAAAUUGACAAGCUUUUCCCUGGGAACGGUGAGGUGAUCAAUUUUGCCAGCUGGUUCGGCUUUGCUUUUCCAAACAUGGUGCUCAUGCUGGCGAUCUCCUGGCUCUGGCUUCAGUUUAUGUUUCUUGGCUUCAAUUUCAAGAAGACAUUUGGUUGUGGUGUGAAAACCAACAGAGACAAGGAGGCAUAUGAAGUAAUGAGACAGGAGUACAAAAAGCUGGGCAGGAUGAAGUUUGCUGAGGCUGCAGUGCUCACCAUCUUUGUCUUGCUUGUGCUCCUUUGGUUCACCAGGGAGCCAGGCUUCAUAUCUGGCUGGGCUUCGGCGCUCUUCAAAAAGGGGUAUGUGUCAGAUGGAAGUGUCUCCAUCUUAAUGUCAGUGCUCUUCUUCAUCAUCCCAUCUCGAUUACCCACAUGUGGCAGCUAUGGUACCGAUGAGGCAGGUAAGAGGAUAAAGGCUCCUCCAGCUCUACUGAACUGGCAGGUGGUCCACCAGCGAAUGCCCUGGAGCAUCAUCCUGCUGCUGGGAGGAGGAUUUGCCAUGGCUGCUGCCAGUGAGGAAUCAGGUUUGUCCAGGUGGCUGGGAGAUAGCUUAGCACCUUUACAGAAAAUCCCCCCCUUUGCCAUCUCGAUACUGCUCUCUUUGCUUGUGGCGACAUUCACAGAGUGCUCCAGCAACACAGCCACCACCACCCUCUUCCUGCCCAUUCUGGCUUCGAUGGCAUCAGCUAUUCAGAUACACCCUCUUUAUGUGAUGCUGCCCUGCACCAUCGCUGCUUCUCUGGCCUUCAUGCUGCCUGUCGCUACACCGCCCAAUGCCAUUGCCUUCUCCUUUGGAAGCCUCAAAGUCAUAGAUAUGGUGAAAGCUGGCUUCGUGCUGAACAUCAUUGGGGUGCUGUGCACUAAUUUAGGCAUCAACACGUGGGGAUACCUCCUGUUUAACAUGGACACAUUUCCAGAGUGGGCCAACAUUACACACUAUAAGCCUUGAGAUGAAGGCCAAUAAUGACAGAAUUGGCUUUAA